AUGCUUCUAGCUGCCAUGAACUUAACAGCAGAAGUACAAAGACUCCAAGUAACUUGCCGAAAGACUGAGCCACCUCAGCAAAAACCACAGCGCACAUCGUGCUACCGCUGUAAAGCAACCGCACAUAUCACCAAAGACUGUCCGUUCAGCAGUGCGAAAUGUUUUCGAUGCGGGAAGAAAGGUCACAUUCAACGAGCGUGCUUAUCAAAACGAACUGUGAAGGGAAUGCAAGCAAGAGGCACGGCGAAAUCUUUCCGAAAUCUGAGCAUAACGAGUAGCGACUGUUCGCCGAUUCAAUUGAACAGCUUGGAAAGCAGCAUUGCUCCCAUGUGGUUUGAAGUUGACAUUGAAGGCCAAAAGGUGAACAUGGAGCUCGACACCGGCGCUGCGGUGUCAGUCAUUUCAGAAGAAAACUAUCUGCGAAUGUUUUCUGAUGUCAGCCUAAAUUGUACAAAUGUCGUUCUGCGCACGUUAACGGGCGAAAUGUUGAAGCCGUUGGGAGUACUGGAAGUGACAGUGGAGUACAGAGGUCAACGUUACAGUCUUCCUCUGCAUGUCAUCCGUGACCAUGGUCCAUCACUGAUUGGGCGCGACUGGCUAGAGCAUAUCAAAUUCGACUGGACUAGCGUGCAUAAACUUGACGCAUCAAGAGCGCAGGAAAACAAGAACUGUUCUAGAGCCAUAUCGGAACCGUGUUCAAAGUACUCUAGCUUAUUCAAAGGCGACCUGGGCCACAUAAAGGGAGAAGUUGUAAAGCUGCACUUGAAAGAAAAUGCUCGGCCAUGUUUUUUGAAGGCGCGCCCAGUAGCUUUCGCGCUAAAGCCAAGGGUAGAAAAGGAAUUGAAAAACAUGGAAGCAAUGGGAUUUAUUACUCCUAUUGAAACGUUGGAAUUUGCGACACCCGUGGUGCCCGUCGUUAAAAGAAAUGGACAGAUACGAUUGUGCGGUGACUACAAGGUAACGAUCAACCCAAUUUUAGUCAGUGUUCAAUACCCACUACCACGAAUCGAUGACCUGUUAGCCGACCUGGGUGGUGGAAAGAACUUUUCGCGCAUCGAUCUCAGUCGCGCAUAUCAACAACUCGAAGUGGAUGACGACUCUAAGAAAUAUUUGGCCAUCAACACUCACUUAGGCUUGUACGCCGUGAACCGCCUACCAUUCGGGAUAACUCCAGCGCCCAUGAUUUUCCAGAAAGUUAUGGACUCAAUGCUGAAAAAGUUACCUGGUGUUACGUGCUACCUAGACGACAUUCUAGUCACUGGCAAGAGAGAGACGAAGAUCACUUGCGCAACUUAG